AUGGCCGCUUUACGAGUUACCAGCGCGGCGCUGUCACGCAAGGCACUGGCUGCUUGUCGUCCACAACUCUACAUUGGGAUUCGCUGCCCAGCUCGGUCGCUGGUGCCAACCACGCGCCCGAGUGCGUCAUACUCCACAACACCCGCGAGGUGCUCUUUGGCCCCGAAGAUCGAGCGUGGAGGGUCGAAGCUGUUCAAAGAUGCCGACGCUGCAGUCGCGGAUAUCCAGAGCGGAUCCACGAUCUUGAGCUCAGGAUUUGGUCUCUGCGGGGUUGCUGAGACUCUCAUCAAUGCAAUGGGCCGCCGAGGUGCAGACAAUCUGCAUUCCUUGACGGCCGUCUCGAACAAUGCCGGUGCUGCUGGCAAGGGUGGCCUCUCAAUCCUAUCGCAGAAUGGGCAACUCAACCGACUCAUCCUCUCUUAUCUUGGAAACAACAAAGCAUUGGAGAAGAAGUACCUCAGCGGAAAUAUUGGAAUCGAACUUUGUCCCCAAGGCACGUUGGCCGAGCGGUUGCGCGCUGGCGGAGCCGGCAUUCCGGCCUUUUUCACGCCGACCGGAGCUCAUACAUUCAUUGAAGAGGGAAAGAUCCCUGUGCGUAUGGAUGAGUCGGGGAAAGUGCUCGAGUCUGGUACCCCCAGAGAAACCCGGGAAUUCAACGGCAAGAAGUACUUGAUGGAGACUGCAUUGACCGGCGAUGUGGCAAUCCUGCGGGCUUGGAAGGCAGACGAAGCUGGGAACUGUGUCUUCCGGUACACUACUAAGGCUUUUGGCCCGAUCAUGGCGAAGGCUGCGACUCUGACAAUCGUGGAGGCCGAAACUAUUGUGCCAAUCGGGGCAAUUGAUCCGAACGAUGUGGACCUGCCUGGUAUAUUCGUGGACCGCAUUGUGCCGGCAACCGAUGAGAAACAUAUCGAGAUUAAGAAAUUGAGAGAGCCUGAGAACGGAAGUACUUCUAGCGAGUCUAAAAGCCCUGCCCAGCUCCAGCGAGAGCGAAUUGGGCGCCGGGCAGCCAAGGAGCUGAAGCAUGGAUUUUAUGUCAACCUGGGCGUUGGUAUCCCCACACUGGCACCGUCAUUCUUGCCUAGCGAUGUGAAGGUCUGGGUCCAAUCUGAGAAUGGUAUAUUGGGAAUGGGACCCUACCCAACCGAAGACGAGGUUGACCCGGAUAUCAUCAACGCUGGAAAGGAGACAGUCACUCUUGUACCCGGCGCCUCUACGUUCGAUAGUACCGAAUCCUUUGGAAUGAUUCGGGGUGGACAUGUCGAUGUGUCGAUUCUUGGUGCCCUCCAAGUCAGUGCUAAUGGCGAUUUGGCAAACUACAUGAUCCCCGGGAAAGUUUUCAAGGGCAUGGGUGGCGCCAUGGAUCUGAUCUCCAACCCGGAUCAGACUAAGAUCGUGGUUGCCACAAGCCAUGUAGCCAAAGACGGGUCCCCAAAGAUUGUCCAGAAGUGUAACCUACCGUUGACUGGCGCGAAUGUCGUGAGCACCAUCAUCACGGACUUGUGUGUGUUUGAGGUCAACCGAGCCACCGGAGAGCUAACGCUCACAGAACUGGCUCCCGGAGUGGAGGUGGAAGAGGUGCAGAGCAAGACCGAUGCUAAGUUCACCGUUGCGGAGCAGCUUGAGCUUAUGGAAUAG